AUGGAUCCCGAAAUUCCAGCGCCCAAAGACAGCCAAGAUGUUCAAGGUGGAGGAUCUGUUCAACAAGCUGUAGAACUGGUGGGUAAGAUGCUCGAGCAGAUUCAAAUCGAGCUUGAGAAAAUGCUAUCCCCGGGUGGUGAAAUCCCACCCGAAGCAGAUGCUCUCGAAAAUGAAAAGGAUGAGUCCCAAAAACGAUACAAAAACCUUGAAAGCAAUUAUCAGAAGAUAUCAGAGGAGCUCAAAGCUUUCGGCCGCCAAAUGGCUAGUGCACCCGUCAAAAGCGGCCAAGUUCAAGCAGAAUUGAAAUUCGCUCAAGCCCAAAAAGAUGUCGAAAAAUUGAAAGCCGAGGUUGAGUACCUUCAAGCUCAGUGUAAUAACUAUCAAGCACAAGCUCAUCAGCAUCCUCAAAACGUGCAAAAAUUAGAGACUCAAAUUGAGGAACUCAAGAAUAAGAAUAUAGAACUGCAAAGAAGGAAUGUCGAAAGGCGGGACCAGGAUCCUGACGUAUGGCGUCGAUGGGUCUACAGAUACCAAGCGGCCGAGGAGCCUGGGCCAAUGCACCUGUGGGGACCAGAAUAUCUCAAAAUGAUAGAUUCGGUGCGAAGCCUCGUCAUCGCAAACCUGGAUAUGGAACAAGAGCCGAAGAUGGAGCUUAUUAGCCAACAGAAACCAAGAGACAGAAUGCUGAGAAGGGCUUUCGAUAUGAAACCAGACUCGUUUGAACGAACCCACCGCCUUGGAAGGGCUAUCUUUCAAUUUUUGAGCGACGAGAUACUUUUUCAGCCACUAUUCGGUCUUGAUGAUGAAAACGAGGGUGUAAAGAUGGAAGCUGGACUUGUAGCUUUUGAAAAGAAGAUCCGGGACGCUUCUGCAGGUGAUGAACAUAUAGUGUCAAAUGUAAAACUGGUCCUUGCUAAUGAGUUUGCAGGUGAUACUUACAAAAAUUUAGACUGCCAUAAUUGGAAAAAAAUGACCUACAGGUGUGCAAAAAAAUUUCGAAAGAGAGAUUCAGAGACGAGGAUAGGUGCUUUUGCGUCAGCUUUGGAAGACUUCUUAAAACCUUUGCCGAAAAAAGAACAUGGAGGAGGUAUCGAGGAAAGACUAUUAAAAAUUUGCAGAAUGGCCUUCGCGUUGAGUCAGACUCUGAGAGCGGAGCCACUGGAAGAGUUUAAGGUUUCUUUUUCAGAACCCGGGAUUCCAAUAGUAUUCCACAAAAAGCAUGAAGAUAACACAAUGGAGAUAUGGGGUCAGGAAGGAGGAUAUCCCGCAGAUGAAGCUGGAACUGUUGCAUACACUUAUUUCGGCGGAUUGUUUUUUAAGGAUAUUCACAAACAGGAGUGGUCUCCACUUGUAUCAGCGAAGGUAAUUAGUAAAGGGGAAGAUAUAAGCUGGUGA